UCCAUUUUGAAGAGUUUGUGCUCUACAGUGAGAUUAAACUCCAAAUUCCAUCUGAUACAUGGAGGAGGAAGAAGAGGCUCGCCGCAAGAAGAGGAGGAAAGGAGUACGCAAGAAGACCACCUCCACCUCCUCCUCCUGCUUCUCCUCGUUCGAUCGAGCAGUCUUCCCCCUCCUUCUAGCCGCGGCGGUGCGAGGCGCCCAAGACCCCGUCGCCUGCUCGCUCCUCCGCCGCUUCCUCCGCUCCCAACGCCUCGCUAUCGCCGUCCCCCCGACCUCUCCUUCUUCGAAUCCUCUCCCUGGCGGAUUUCUCUCGCUCCUCCCUCUCCUCCUCACAUCCAGAUGCCCUGCUGUGGCGGCUCUAAGUGCUGAGGUUGUUGGCGCCGCUGCUCUUCACUCUAUGGAGAUGAACAUGGCAAUAGCUUCAGAUUAUGAAGUUGUGAAGUGUUUGAUUAGUGCAUUGGGGAGCCAGAGCUACCGAGUAGCCAAGGCUGCAUGCAAUGCUAUCAUGGAUCUUUCAAGUUCUCCCAACGGAAGGGAGCGACUUAAAGACUCAUUGGCUAUCCAGAGUCUAUUAUGCUUGUAUUGUCAGGUGGAAUCAGUUCCUGCAUAUUUUGAUGUUCCUCAAGACAUGGAUAAGCCAUAUAGUGAAAACUCCAAAGGAUAUUCAAGAGAUAAAUUUUUGGCAUUAAUUCUUGAUGCUGCAAUGACUCUCAUCAACACAUGCAAUGAAGACUGUUCAAAAAGGAUCUCGCCUGAAUUACUUAAAAAAGUUUUGUCUUUGCUGUGUGAAAUCUGGCAUAACAUUCGAGGUCUGACAUUACCGACCAAUAACAAUCGUCUUAAAAGUUUCUUGCGAAGUUCGGAGUUCAAUCUUGCUGAAACUAUUUUUAGGUUAUCAAUGAACCAAAUUCGUCCCGCACCUUGGGAUUCUACUGAUGUUCGAAUGAUUAUCUUUGGAGGAAAGGAAUCUGAUUUUGAAAACUUUAUACUAAACUACUGGGAAAAUUCACCUUUGGUACUUCAAGGGAUGUCAAAGAACUCAGAGAAAGCUAAUACCAUUUUCUCUUCCGUGAUUGGUUCUUUUAAUCCCAAAAUAGCUGAUAAUAUCAUCGACUUGAUAUUAGCAGGCCUUGUUACUUGUCCACCCAUUGCUUCAGAUGAACUAGAUAUCAAUUGCUUCCUUCAUGAGGUCAAAGAUUUGUUGGGCUCUCCAAUUGUGCAUGGGCAGGAUGUUAGGGUUUUGAGGACAUCAAAGCUAAAUCCUAUGUGCUCACAAGACACGGGGGAAAUGGAAGAGCAUUUCUUUACAAACGAUCCAUUUACCAUACCCAAGUGUAAAAAAGCAUUUCUUGAUGGGUAUACAAUUGCCUUACGUGGGAUGGAGUUUCGCUCUGAUGAAGUUGCCGCCAUUGCCGAGGCAUUAGCAGACCUCUUUGGCCAACCUUCUGUAGGAGUUAAUGUUUACCUCUCACCACCUUGCUCGCAAGGAUUAGCUUGCCAUUAUGAUGAUCACUGUGUAUUUGUCUGGCAAAUUCUAGGGCGCAAACAUUGGACUGUUUCAACUCAUCCUACAGCAGUUUUGCCUAGAUUGUAUGGGCCUCUCAAAAACUUGGGUUUAAAGAGUGAUUCAGUUAGAUCAAUGCAAAUGCUUAUUAAGGAAGGUGACAUCUUGUAUAUUCCAAGGGGUUAUGCUCACAUGGCUCAUACAGUAUAUGAUGAAAUGGAAUCUCAGGGGAGUGUAGCUGCUGAUUACUCACUCCACUUGACUCUUGCUAUUGAAGUUGAACUGCCUUUUCAAUGGGAAGGAUUUACUCACAUUGCCCUUUAUUGUUGGAACAAGAAACAGAAAAAAGAAUGUCAUCAUCUUGUUGAUUCAAAUUACAAAAAGCCAAGUGUCAUGUUCACUCUCCUGCUGCAUAUUGCUAUCAAGCUGAUUGCUGAUCACGAUCCUGUAUUUAGGAAGGCUUGCAUGAUUGCUUCAAAGCUUGCAUCGUUCGAUUGUGAAAGAGAGAAUCAUGCAGAGGCUUUUAUCACGAGCCAAAAAGCUACUUUCCUCUACGUAAUUGAAAAAAUAAAUGUGAAUUGUAGCUUCAUCAAAGCAUUCAAAUGCAUCGAAUUAGUUGUUCAGGAAAGAAAUGAUAGUACCUUGCAGUGGAUGAGGUGGCUUCAGCAUUUGCCUCAGGAUGGAGUGGAGGAUGAUGAGAUAGAUUUCAAUAAUCUUUUGGGGGUACUUGAAGACCUUUUUGCAUUGUACAGUAACUGCAUUAAAGAAGCAAUUGUAGAGUUUGAUCUGUUUAAGUUCCGGUUUUGUAGAGAUGUUGUGUAUGAAGAAGCAUGUGAGAGUUUUAAUAUUUUGUUGGAGAAAUACAAAAAAACAAGGAAUCAGUAUAUGAAGGGAAUGCUCUCACUUCAUAGGAGAUUGUAGUUCCCAUGAAAGUGGACAAUUCUUAGCACCAAUCUUGGCCUACAGAUGUAAGAUCUCAAAGCAUGAAUCUUUUGACUUGAGUAUAACAAUAAUAGAGUUACUUUGGUUUUGGGGACAUCAUGUCAAUGAUGAAUGGCUAAACUUGAGGUAUUUAA